GCAACAAAUGAAUACUAAUUUAGGUUUGAUCUCAGGCAGUUGGAUUAGAAACAGCAGAAAGAGAGAUCUAUGGUUGUGGUUUAAUCCUUACUCUUUUACAUCCACCAACAUUAAUUAAUAACCCCAACUAAAGCUUUAAUAAAAAGAAAAAAAAAGAAGCUCUCAACACACAACCCAAAGCACCAUUAAUACUUGUCACAACCUUCACUGCUCUAUAUAAAAAGCAAAAAUAAGGGCCCCAUGUGUUAUAUAACUCAUUAGAGAAUUGGUCAGACUGUUGAAAGGCCUACCCAUAUUUGAUUAUUUCUCUCUGUGAUGCAUGAUGCAUCUCAAGUAACAUUUGUUAAGACUCUUAAACGUUUACUUUUGUGUAUUUUUAUUCCCUACUUCUCUUUCCAUGCACUCUUCUUCUCUUGUCCCUAACUUCUAUAUAAAUAAACAAGCUUCUCUUUCUCCACAUGUCCUCCUCUCCUUCUGCUGCUUCUUCUCCAUUUUCAAGAACAAAACAAAGCAACAGUGGGAAAAAGAUGGGGAUGAAAGAGAAUAAGAGUCUAAACAUGAUGAUAUCUCUUGCACUUCUUGGCCUUGUGGCCUUGUUAGCAGGCAUGCAAGUAGAUGGUGGAGUACCAAAACCAAAAGUGUUGGGUAUUGGUGACUUACGCCACUCCACAACCAACCACCAGCAACCUGAUCACCGUCAACGGUUGCUCCGUCGUCUAGACAGCCUCAAAGCUUCUCUUGCUGCCACAACCACCACCACCACUGCCAUGUCACCAUCCCCAUCCCCUGCUGGUUCAACGGUAGCACCGGUGAUGACCAGCUCGCGGGUGUACCACGCUACAGACUACGGUGCUGACCCGACUGGGAAAACAGACUCAACCAGCGCUCUUAUGAAAGCCAUUGAUGAUGCUUUCAAAGCCCCUAAUGACCGUAAUCUCAUGCCCGGUAUCACCGAUCUCGGCGGCGCUGAACUUCAUCUUGAUGGAGGCUCUUACCUUGUCAGCUCUCCUAUCAAACUUCCAGCCUCCAAAGGUGGUAACUUUAAGAUACACAGUGGUUCAUUGAUUGCAUCUGAUGAUUUUCCAAAUGGGCGAUUUCUCAUUGAGCUAUGGGCAAAUCCCAGCUCUGAGUCUGCGGCAACAGAGGAUGUUGUUUCUUUGGCUGUGACUUCAAGCAGUAACUAUGAUUAUGAGUACAUUACCAUCAGAGAUCUGCUACUGGAUGCCAAUUUCAGGUGUGGUGGCAUUGCAGUGGUGAAUUCUCUGAGAACUACGAUAAAUAACUGUUAUAUCACUCAUUUUCAGACCACCGGAAUCUGGGUUAAAGAUGGGCAUGAGAGUUAUAUCAGUACAUCAUACUUAGGCCAGCAUAUCACCGCCGGUAACGACCCUAAUGAGAAGAACUUCUCCGGCACGGGGAUUAAACUUAUAGGCAAUGACAAUGCUGUGACUGAUGUGGUGAUCUUCUCAGCUGAGACUGGGAUCUUGAUUACUGGUCAGGCCAAUGUUAUCACGGGUGUGCAUUGCUACAACAAGGCCACCGGGUUUGGUGGGACUGGGAUUUAUUUGAAACUGCCAGGCUUGACACAGACCCGGAUUGUGAACUGCUAUCUGGACUUCAACGGAAUAGUGUCAGAGGACCCGGUGCAGCUCGUUGUAUCAAAUUGCUUCUUCCUCGGAGGAGGCAACAUUGUGCUGAAAUCAGUGAAUGGAAAGAUGAGUGGAGUGAACAUAGUAGACAACAUGUUUUCCGGAGGUGGCAAUGGCGUUGACAUUGUCAAAUUGGAUGAGAGCAAUGGUCCAUUCAAAGACAUUGAUCAGGUCAUUGUUCACCGGAACAAUGUGGAUGGGAUGAGGCUGAAGACGACUGUGGCCAAGGCGACGGUGUCGGGAAAUGGAACUUUAUGGACAGUAGACUUCUCUCCGGUGUUGCUGUUCCAAGACAGGAUUGAACAUGUUCAGUAUACACUGCAAACAAGUUCUGCAUUUCCCAAUCAUGCACUGAGGAAUGUGUCUCAGAAUAAGGUGGUCAUUGAAUCUGAAAAUGCUGUCAAUGCACGUGUUGAUGUCUCUGUAGAUCAAAGUGUAGGCAAUAGUAUCAGUAUCAGUUGACCAUCCUCAAGUAUUUAACAUUUGUAUCUCUUUUUUUUUCUAUUUUUAUUUUAAUUCUUCUCACAAACACAAAAAAAGAUAUACACAACAAGACAACAUUGUAAAGGAAGAAAGUUCUUUCCUGGUUGAAGAGAAACAAGUGCUACUUUACCUUUUUUUCA